AGAUGGCCCACAUGAUCCGUCAUGCCACAGUAUUCCGCUGCUGAAGAAGACACUGCGAGAUAUUGCCAGAAUGUAUGAGAAAUAUAUCUAGUUUCUGCACUGUAGCAAUAGCUGUUAUUGCUGCUAAUGUGCUUUUGUAGGAUCUCAGGCAGCCGCACUAAUGAGAGCCCUGUGAAACGAGCAGUAUGUCAGUGCAUUUCGACGAGAGGAGUGGUGUGAUCCCGUGUAAAACACCAUGGGGCUCAUGGUAUCAGACUAUGGAAGAGGUUUUCAUCGAAGUGAAUGUUCCUCCUGGUACUUCAGCCAAAGAGAUCAAGUGUAACAUCGGGAGCAAACAGAUAGAGCUUCGUGUGAAAGACCAACAGAUCUUCAAGGGGAAGUUGUUUGGGUCUACUGUCGGCGAUGAAGCAACAUGGACGUUAGAGGACAAAAAAAUGAUCCAAAUAGUUCUCAUGAAGACGAACCGAGAGGCUGGGAACUGCUGGCAGUCUCUUUUGGAGGGAGAGUAUGCGGCGGACCCGUGGGUGCAGGAUCAGAUGCAGAGGAAGCUCACACUGGAGAGGUUCCAAAGAGAGAACCCUGGAUUUGACUUCAGUGGGGCAGAGAUCUCUGGGAACUUUCAGGGUGGUGGACCAGAUUUCUCCAGCUUGCAGAAAUAAAGGACUGCUUUCAUUAAUGUACUUAGUCUUACCAAAUUGUACCAGUUUAUUUCCAAUGAGAACAUUUUUCACAAUUCUUCCUUUGGUUUUAUAUAUAUUGCAGUGCUAUGUGGCUACGAAUAUAAAGCCAUAAUCUAAUCACAAGCAGCCUUUAUGAUGGUUUCAAUUUACCAAUGCAAUGUUUUAUUUUGUAAUUGCCACCACAGUGGUUUUAGAAGACUGUUGGCUUAACCAUCCUUUGAAUUUCAAUAGUUAUUCAAGCACUUAUUAAAUGGCUUUUCUCAAACACCACAAACAAGCAGGUUUCACUUUUCAAUACAGUUUUAUUGAAAGGUUCAACUACAUCAUCUUGCAAAACGCUGCCUCAUCUUCCAGAUAACAGCCAAAACAAAAAGAGCCACUUGCAUUCAAUUCGAUCCAUUUCAAUAGUUUUAUUUGGCCCACUCAUCUCUGUUUGGAGUUGAAUUUAUACCAGGUAUAAAACAAAUGGUCGUGGUUACAAAAAUUUGUAGUAAUCAACCAAAUGUAAAAUAAGCUUCUGCCUGGUUAGUUGGUAAUUAG